AUGGCCAUUGAGAAGGGCAUCACAGAGGUCGCAGACUCGGAGGAUGAGCUGAUGACGUCUUCGCCAAUGGUUGUUUCAGAUGAAGCUGCACAAGACAAGCUUUGCGCAAUAGCGCUCGUCCCAUCCCAAGAGCGACAAGACGCCUGCCAAGCAGCCGACUGCACUCACCAAACACGCGUCGAAAGCAAUGCCAAUACGACUGCAGACAAUGCGAAGUGCUUGGGUCGUAGUCCAAAUGAUGCUUCGCUCAAAGACGACGCGUCUAUCGUUGAGGAGACUAAUGUUGGAGCGCAGGACGGCGCGCAUGUCCCAACCCAUAUUGGCAAUACCGAUAUGCAACAACAAGAUGCUGACCGCGUAGCCGACAAGGAAACUACAAUUGUCCUGUUUGAAGACCAAGGAGAAGUGAUGCCUGUAACUCAACAACUCAGUGUGACGGGCAAUGAGCAACAAAAGCCAGCAGAGAACGACAAGCAUGCUGCAGCCCACGCCUUGAGUGAUAUUUCAAUCGAAGAUGCAACUCAUACCAUACAAGCCCUGCCAACAAUGUCAACAGACACAAGAGCGCAAGCAAGCAUCACUGGCUUCUCUGAUUGCGCAACUUCAGAAUUGACCAACCUUGGUCCGCUUCCGGUGACAGCUAUGCAAGGACACACUUCAUGCCCCACAAUCGGUAAGGUGGAGGACUCGGAGAAUACAUUUCGCGAUUUGCGAGCGGUCGAUGCUUGUUGGCCAACUACCGGACCAGAUGAGUCAGCGACGUACGCACAAAAGGCGAUCCCUUCAAUUCACUCAGAUCAGAGUUUGCGAGAGAAAUACGGGGAAGAACACUGUAGAACGGAAGAAACGUUGGCACCGAAAGAAGUUACCGAUGGAAAUUUUGACAUCCCACCCCCGGUACAAACCGCUUCCCUAGCUCAAUCCGACUCCUCGGCACAGCCUGACCCGAUGUCUACAAGCGUGGUACCCCUGAAGACGCCCCAGGAAGUUACCGUCGCCGAGCUCAAAGCACAGAAGGGUGCACUAUUGGCUGCUUUAGGCGCUCUUCCAGCCAUCCAAGUACUCAUGGAAGAAACGGCAUCCUCGGAUGCUGAGACGGAUAACGGUACGGACGAUCCGACAGAGGCCGACAUCAUGUCAGCGGCGAACAGGAUCGUCAAGGAACAUAUCAAGCUACUACACGAAUACAACGAAUUGAAAGACGUAGGUCAAGGCUUGAUGGGUCUCAUUGCGGAUCAGCGCGGUGUAAGAAUUGUGGAGGUCCAGGAAGAGUUUGGCAUCGACGCAAAUGACUAAGUGUUUCUGAAGCUUUGCGGGGAUAAGAAUGGGAAAUGAAGGCACGUCAUAUAAACCUUAUGUUCGAGGUGUGUACUGCUUUCACUCCGCAUAUGGCCAAUUGGCUUCCUAGUGUAUCUAGUGUGAUUCCCCGUUCAUCCAUGCCC